AUGAAUCUUGAAUCUCUAUCUGCGGAAUUGCAGGAUUCAAUCAAAAGUAUUGUAGAAAAAGAAGAAUAUAAAAAAUAUGACAUAGUAGUAAAACGUUUCAACACAUUAGGAAACAACGUCUUAAGCGAAAUUUACGAAAUCGACGUUACUGGGGACACAGCUGAGGGUGUGAAGAACACUAAUAUUUUUGCGAAAGAGCAGAUUCCUCACUUCAAGUUACUACCAGUUAAAAAAUUAUUUUCGAACGAAGUCUUUGUUUAUAAAGAUUUAUCGAAAGUAUUUACUGCUCUACAAGAUGAAGCAACUGUACCACAAGAAGAACGUUACAAAUUCGUAAAUACUUACGAAGAAACGAAUAAUAAUACUAUUAUACUUGAAAAUUUAACAAAAAAGGGCUUUAGGACGUAUGAAAAGAUGGAAGAUAUAUCAAUUACGUAUGCUCAAUUAGCAGUAAAAGAAAUAGCAAAGUUUCAUGCUCUUAAUUUUGUGAUUGAAAGUAAAAUGCCGGAAUAUUUUAGCAAUAAAAUAAAAGUUUUAAAAAAUCUAUUUUCUUUCGAUGACGACUGGAAAGGACUUAUGCGGAAUAUUUGUGCGCAUGUGGGGAGUUUGUACGAUACUGAUGUAAAGAAGAGAAUUGAAAAGUUUUAUUUUAAACUUGUAGAAAAACUACCAAAGUAUUGCAAUGAUCAAACUACCGUUAGAUGUACUUUGAUACACGGAGACUAUAAAAAAAAUAAUUUAUUGAUACGCUCGCAGGACGGAGAUGCAGUGGAAAUGAUACCAAUCGACUAUCAAUUAAUUAACUAUGGAUGCCCGAUCUUGGAUUUCUUUUUAUUUAUAUUCUCUUCUACGGACAGGGAAUUCAGAAAAAAACACUUGAAUUACCUCAAAGAAUUGUACUUCGAGACGUUGUCGAGCUUCCUGAAGUACUUCAACAUGGAUGUGGAGGCUGUGUAUCCGAGGAAGGAGUUCGAGAAGGUUUACACUGAGUGGCUGGACUUCGGGCUCAUGAAGACUUUGUUCUAUUCUUUAGUUUUAUUCGCGCCGGAUACUGGAAUAGAAUUUGGUAGAGUACCUGUUUCAGAGAUACCUUUCUGUCCUGAUAAAAAGUAUGAUUAUUUGUAUCGCGGCCUUAUAGAUGACUUUAUUGAAUGGGGAUAUUUGUAA